CACCCCCCCCGUCCAGCAGCGCCGCCUCUCCGCGCCGCGCACGCCGGGACUGGCCCUGCCCAGCGCCGCCGCUCUCCGGGCCGCGGUUCCGCAGGCAAGAUGCAGGACCCAGAGAAAGACACCGAGUGGAAUGACAUCCUGCGCAAGAAAGGUAUCCUUCCUCCAAAGGAAAACAGAGAAGAGCAGGAGCGUGCAAAGGAAGAGGAGCAGCUUGAAAUCCUUCAGAAAUCUCUCGUGAAAACAUAUGAGGACAUGACUCUGGAGGAGCUAGAAGAAAACGAGGAUGAAUUUAAUGAGGAAGAUGAGAAAGCUAUUGAAAUGUACAGACAGCAAAGAUUAGCAGAAAUGAAAGCAGCUCAAAUGAAGAAUAAAUUUGGAGAAGUUCUGGAGAUUUCAGGAAAGGAUUAUGUUCAAGAGGUUACGAAAGCUGGGAAAGGUAUAUGGGUAGUCCUGCACCUCUACAAACAGGGAAUUCCACUCUGUGCCUUAAUAAACCAACAUUUAAGUGGACUUGCGAAAAAGUACAGAGAUGUGAAAUUCAUCAAAGCUAUCUCUACCACCUGCAUACCCAACUAUCCCGAUAAGAAUCUGCCUACGAUAUUUGUCUACCUUGAAGGAGACAUCAGAGCUCAGUUCAUUGGGCCUUUGGUGUUUGGUGGCAUGAACUUGACGAGGGAUGAACUGGAGUGGAAGAUCUCGGAGUCAGGUGCCAUCAAGACAGACCUUCAGGAGAACCCCAGGAAACAGAUCCAGGACCAGCUCAUGUCCUCCAUUAGGGCAUGUGUCCAAACCAGGGCAGAGAGUGACUCAGAGGAUGACUAACUCCUGCAUCAGCAUCAGGAUUGAUACAGUACACUUGCAGCCAGCGUUCCUGCCUAAAAGACUGGAGGUGCUCAUCAAGAUCUUCCUGAACCCCAAAGUGGAACAUUUCAAGACAGCCAUUUAUCUAGAAAUUUAAAGUCGGUGUUUUUUUGAUUUUGGUGAUGUGGGUAUUUUUCCUGAAAAAAAAAAUUACUGCAGCUUCACUUGAGAUCAUGAAAGACUUUUUAUAUUACAAAGCCUGAGUAAAUCUUACUCCAAGUUUUAAAAUAUAGGUAUUGCUAGAUACAAAA